AUGGCCACAGAACCGGCAGUGGCAGCUGUACCCCAAAACUUAGUUGACCAACUGAGGAGCAGCUUUUUGAAAGAAGUUGAAGCAAAGGGACCGAGCAGUGUUCAUCCAAAAGAUCUCGAAAGAGUUAAAUCUGAUGACAAAUACCUCAAAAGAUUCAUAGCACACAAUGACAAUGAUAUUGGAGCCACCCUUAAAAUGAUGUGGACAUCAUUGAAUUGGAGGAAGGACUUCCAAACCAAUGAUAUCAAUGAAAACAACAUAAAAAUGGACAUAAUAAUUAAAGGAGCUUUCUUCCCCCAUGGCAAAGACAUCGAUGGCAGAGACAUUUUAAUAUUCAAAACCAAAAUGCACAGCAAAGGAGUUGUGGAUGCGGAAGACCUCAAACGUUGCGUUAUUUAUUGGUUUGAAAGAUUAGAAAGGAUGACUGAUGGCAAUCCUAUUAGUAUAUUUUUCGAUGUGGAAGGUUGCGGCCUAGGUAACAUGGAUAUGGAAUUCAUCAGAUACCUUAUUAAUUUGUUCAAGGAAUAUUAUCCGUACUUUUUGAAUUAUAUUAUUAUUUAUGAAAUGCCUUGGGUGCUUAGUGCUGCCUUUAAAAUAAUAAAAUCUUGGCUGCCCGAGAAAGCAAUAGAAAAAUUGAAAAUGGUUAGCAAAAAGAAUGUGUUCACUUAUGUGCCUAAAACUGAAGCACUUCAAUGUUGGGGCGGAGAUAGCAAUUACGUUUUCAGUUUCAUACCCGAAGAACCACAGAAGGCUGAAAAAUCAGUAGCAGAGUCUAACAAUGUAUCUGUUAAAAAGGUUCAUUUCAUGGACGGGUCCCCGAUGUCCGAACAGGCACCAUCUGCUGAACCCAAAGAAGGAAAAUGCUCCAUUCUAGAUGGACCUCUUGCAGUCUCUCCGACAAGCAUUAUCACAUUUGUCAAAGAAGGAACAGAACUGAUAAGCACAUUGGAGUUGCACAACACCGAUUCAGCUGCUACAAUUGCCUUCAAGCUAAAAACUACUUCUCCAGAAAAAUUCAGAGUCAAACCGAGUACAGGGUGUUUGAAACCUGGCGCCAAAGAUGUAGUGACUGUUACUCUUUUGCCUGGAUUUCAACUGGGUGGUUUAUCUAAAGACAAGUUUUUGGUGAUGAGCUCUAUUUUAGAUGAGAAGGAAAUAGCAAGUCUGGAUUUAUUGGAACUAUGGAAGAACACUGGCACUAGAAAAGUGUUUCAAACUCGUUUGCGUUGCGUGCAAAGCGGCGAAGUAACCAAAAAUGGCAAUGUGGUAAUGAACCAUACCAUGACCAAUGGGGAUAACGGAGAUGGUCAGCUGUCAAAAAUGUCAUCAACUUUAAGUAAAAUCGCUGAUAAUCAAGUUGCACUUGGAACAUCGCUGCAAAGGCUACAGUUGAUUCAGAUAGGACAAUUUGUGUUGACUUUAGUAUUAGGGAUAAGCAUAAUUUAUGUAGUCAAUUCAUUCAGCAGUGCCACUUCUUCCAGUAAUAACAACUACUGUCCAGGUCCAAACACUCCGUAG